AUGUCAGGAAGCAUCAUCUUCAGCGCCAUUAAUUUGACCAAUGGAUGCUACCAGAUCUUGAUGCGACAGAGUGACAUACCACUCACUGCGGUGAGCACCCCAAGUGGUAUGCUAUGGGAGUGGCUGGUGAUGCCACAAGGAUUGAAGAACGCACCAGCCACUUUCAGUCGCUUGGUGUCUCAAGUGUUGAGACCGCUUCAAGACUUUGCUCCUAGCUACUACGAUGACAUUUUUGUCCACAGUCGCGCUGAGGGUAACCUCAGCGCCGCACAAGUUCAUCUUCAACACCUGAAGCAGGGUAUUCAAGUCAUGCGGGAUGACGAGUUACAUGCAAACUUGAAGAAGUGUGUAUUCUGUUCACCGGAGAUUCCGGUGCUGGGUCUCUACUUGAGUAAAUCAGGGGUUAGAGCCGAUCCAGAGAAGAAGUCGUCUACAUUUUCUUGGCCCACACCCUAG